AUGGCUGAACAGGCUCCUACUGUAGAACCUACAACUGUUGUGAAUGACAUGCCUCUUCCUCCUCAUAUGGUAAAUGGGGACAGCAUGCAACAGGUAAUAUUGGUCCAGGUGAAUCCAGGAGAAACAUUCACCAUUAGAACUGAGGAUGGACACAUUCAGUGUAUCCAAGGACCAGCCCAUGUUCCUAUGAUGUCACUAAAUGGCUCUAUGCCACCAAUAUUUGUUCCUCCUGGUUACAUGUCUCAGGUGGUGGAAGAAAAUGGAGUUCGAAAAAUAGUAAUUUUGCCACAUUCUACUGAUUACCACCCUGCCAUGCAUCCUCCUCCACAUAUGCAACAUUACAUGCAUCCACACCCUCCUCCUCUACUUGCCCAUCCCAUGUACCCCCCAGUUCCAGGAUCUGAAUUGCAUCCACCCCAGUAUAUGCACCAACAUCCAAUGCCGCCACCACCACCACCACCACCACCACUGCCACAACUACGCAUGUACCAUGAAUAUGAAUCCCGUUCCCAUGGGAGAACGCAUUAUAUUCCUCGAGAUGAAAGAACAGGCAAAAUGCAGGAGCACUUGAAGAAAAGAAUCAAAGACAGACAUGCUAUUGGGCAUAACAAUAACAACAACAAAUCUGGCGUUCCACCUUCUUCGCUAUCCAAAGGUCAAAGUUCUUACAAUGCGAAUGCUGAGAACGGAUAUGGAAAGGGGCAGUAUGUGGUAGAAGAACCUGCUAAGCAGAAAGAGAGUGGAAAAGCCAAGGACAACACACCAGAAGAAGCAAAAGCUGCAGAACCUGAAAAAGAAAUUAAAGAAUUGCAGGACCUGUUUAGCACUGGAAAACCUAUAGUUUCUAACAUUCAAGCAAGAUCAGCUGUCCUCUCAUGGAGUCACCUAGUCAGUUCUCCAAAUGAAGAAAAGGCUAACCGUCCAGUAUCAUUUACAUUUGAAGUGGCACUCUCCAACUGUGGUAAAAGUGGCAAAUUUAAAACUAUUUACAUUGGGGAUGAAGUGACAGUUAGCCUACCUGAUCUCCAGCCAGCAACUGACUAUCACGUAAGAGUUUCAGCGACAUACAGCUCUAUAGAAGAAUCGACUUCUGAAGUGAUUAGUUUUACAACAGAGAGUUGUGAACCAGACCGUCCUGCCGUACCUAAGCUAGUCAACCGAACCAAGAACAGCCUGAUUUUACAGUGGAAGGGAUCUAAUGACAACGGUUCCAAAAUAAUCGGUUUUCUUUUAGAAUGGGACGAGGGGAAGCCUGGAACCUUCAAAGAAUGUUAUUUUGGCCAUCUUAAACAGUACAAGCUAACCAAGCUAGCUCCUUCCACAAAAUAUUCAUUUAGAUUAGCUGUUAAAAAUAACUUGGGAAUAAGUGAAUUUAGUGAAACUGUUGCCUUUAGCACAACAGGAAGUGUCCCUCCGACCCCUCCUCCCCCUCAGCUACAUCAAGCAGGAAUUACUACUCUGUCACUAGAAUGGAGUCCUCCUAGUGGUGCAGCUACUGAGGAAUCUCAUUUUACUUACACCCUCGAGAUGGAGGAAGAAGGAUCUGGUCAUGGUUUCAAGGCGAAAUAUAAUGGCGAAGAACACGCAUGCACUUUAAAAAAUCUUCGGAGGAGCACUUCAUAUAAAUUUAGGCUCUUUGCCCACAACAGUGAAGGAAAAAGUAACCCAAGUGAAGAAGUAGAAUAUACCACAUACCCUGAUAAGCCAGGCCCCCCAAGUAAACCAUACACAAAGGGGAAGAUCCGAGCAUACAAUGUGAAAGUCGCAUGGGAUCCGCCUAAAGAUAAUGGGGGAGCAGAAAUUUCCAAGUAUGUUUUGGAAAUUUCUGAAGCUUCAAAUGGGAAUACAUGGAAUGUAAUAUAUGAUGGCACUUUGAGAGAACACGUAUGUGACCAUCUCAGGCCUGGUACUUCAUAUAAGUUGAGAGUAUUUUGCUUUGGAAUUGCAGGGCAAAGCCAGGCCUCGGAUAUCCUGUCCAUUCACACCUCUGCUGUUCCUCCUGGACCUUGCAGGUCUCCAUACUUGGCUAACAGGGCUAAGCCCAGAGAAAUCAGCCUGCACUGGGCUCCUCCUGUUGUGAAUGGAGGAGCUGAGAUAAUUGACUACGUAGUAGACAUGGCCGAGUCUGACCAAGCCGAGUGCAGAAGAGUCUACCAAGGCCCGAGCUUGAGGUGCACAGUGGGCAACCUGCUUCCUGGGAGGACCUACAGCUUCUGGAUUAAAGCAGCAAAUAAGACAGGGUUUGGACCUUAUUCAGCCAAGUCUCAGAUCUCCACAGCACCAGGACCUCCUGAUCAGUGUGGCGUACCUCUGUUAACCUGUAAGACUGCUACCAGUGUGGCUGUCAGCUGGGAGGUUCCUAUGUGCAAUGGCGCCGAAAUUUGUGAUUACAGACUGGAGUGGGGAAAACUAGAAGGAUCAAUGCACGUAAUAUACACUGGCCCUUGCUUGAACUAUGAAGUAAAAGGUCUUACCCCUGCAACUACCUAUUUUUGCAGAGUACAGGCUGUGAAUAUGGCUGGAAUUGGCAUGUUUGGGGGAACGGGCAUAGUAACAACACCAGCAUCCGUGCCAGGAGCAAUGUCACUGCCACGACUACUGGAAGGAAAGAUCCCUCUUCCUUUGGCAUCGACUUGCCUUGCUCUUCAGUGGGAUGAACCCAACUGCCAUGGGUCAGAGAUCACUGGAUAUAACAUCGAAUAUGGAGAAAGACAGAUUGUAACUGUUGAUAGAGUAACGAGCUACACCCUGGAAAAUCUGCAGCCGGACACUGUGUACAGAAUUAGAAUACAAGCUAUCAAUAGUUUGGGACAAAGUCCUUUUAGCCAAUCAAUUAAAGCCAAAACCAAGCCACUACCUCCAGACCCUCCUGUCCUUGAAUGUGUGUGCUUCAGUUAUCAAAGCCUAAAACUGAAAUGGGGUGAUGGCCCAAACAGAAUUUCACUCUCCAGCUCUGUACAGUUCAAUUUGCAAAUGGAAGAUAAGACCGGCAGAUUUGUCACCCUUCUGAAUGGGCCUUGUCACACCUACAAAGUCCAGAGGCUGAGUGAAUGUACAACUUAUAACUUUAAAAUACAAGCAUAUAAUGAAGCUGGCGAAGGACCAUUUUCUGAUAUUUAUACCUUCACUACAACCAAAUCUCCACCUGCCGCACUCAAAGCACCCAAAAUAUGUCAGCUGGAAGAAAAUCUUUGUGAGGUUACAUGGGAGCCUCUCCCCCCUAUGAAAGGAGACAGCAUCAUUUACAUUCUACAACUUGUCAGUGGGAGAGGAGCUGAUCAGGUAUACAAGGGGCCAGAUACCUCAUUCUGUUUCACAAAUUUUCAAACCAACUGUGAGUAUCGAUUCAGAGUAUGUGCUGGCCGACAAUAUCAACAAAAUGGUGGAUUACAAGAACUAUUAGGAGCAUACAGUCCCAGUACAGUAUUCUCAUCUCAGAAAAAAGACAUAGAUCCACCCCAGGAUGAUGACUUAAUAGAAGAAAAUAAAAGCAAAAAGAGGUGUCUAACCGAUGAUCAAUUUGCAUUCAUCCUGGUCGUGGCAUUUGCAAUUAUCGCUGUUUUGUGUGCUGUUGCCAUUCAGUACUUUUUAAUCAAAUAA